AUGAUCUGUUUUUACAUGCUGUGGUUAGCGGCGUGCUGCCUCCUCCUCCUGUACAGCGUCCGAUUCAGCUGGUCCGGCUGCAGCCAUGGCAGCGGGCCCAGGAGCUACCCGGUGAUUGGGUGCCUGGUGGCCUUCUACCAGAACCGGUGGCGGCUGCUGGACUGGUACACUGAGCUGCUGGCGGCGUCGCCGACGCAGACGAUCGUGGUGGACCGACUGGGUGCGCGGCGGACCGUGGUGACCGCGAACCCGGCGAACGUGGAGCACAUCCUCAAGAGCAACUUCGGCAACUACCCCAAGGGGAAGCCCUUCACCGACAUCCUCGGCGACCUGCUCGGCACGGGGAUCUUCAACGUCGACGGCGAGCUGUGGUACGCGCAGCGGAAGCUGGUGAGCCACGAGUUCUCGGCGCGCGCGCUCCGGGACCUGGAGUUCGCCGUGCUCGAGGACGAGGCGCGGGAGCGGCUCGUCCCCGCGCUGUCCCUGGCCGCGGUGCGCGGCGACGCUGGCGGCGUGGUGGACAUGCAGGACCUGCUCCGCCGCUUCUCUUUCGACGUCAUCUGCCGCGUGUCGCUGGGCGUUGACCCCGGGUGCCUGGACCCGGCAUUGCCCGAGGCGCCCAGGCUGGCCGUGGCGUUCGACGCGGCGGCCGGGAUCAUCGCCAGGCGCGGCGCCGCGCCCGUGGCCGCCGUGUGGAAGGCGAAGCGCGCGCUGGACGUGGGCUCCGAGCGCCGGCUGCGCGAGGAGAUCAGGGUCAUCCACGAGGCCGUCAUGGACCUCAUCCACAUCCGCAAGAAGGAGCGCGGCCUGCAGCAGCCACAGGAGGUGAACGCCGGCGGGCGGAGGAGCGACCUGCUGUCGCGGAUGAUCGAAUGCGGGUACCCGGACGAGGCGAUCCGCGACAUGGUGAUCAGCUUCAUCAUGGCCGGCCGCGACACCACGUCGUCGGCGCUGACGUGGUUCUUCUGGCUGCUCACCCGCCACCGCGACGUGGAGCGGGAGGUCCUGCGGGAGAUCACCGGCGGAACUGGUGCUAGCCACGCCGCGGGCGGGCAGGGCAAGAUGCGCGUGCUCCACGCGGCGCUGUGCGAGACCAUGCGUCUGUACCCGCCCGUGGCGUGGGACUCGAAGCACGCGGCGGCCGGGGACGUGCUCCCCGACGGCACCCGCGUGGAGCGCGGCGACCGCGUCACCUACUUCCAGUACGGGAUGGGGCGGAUGGAGUCCAUCUGGGGCGCCGACGCCGCCGACUUCAGCCUGCAGCGCUGGCUAUCCCUGCCGGAGGACAACGCGCCCCCCGCCGCGGUGGCCGGCGUGUCGCCAUUCAAGUACCCGGUGUUCCAGGCGGGCCCGCGGACGUGCCUGGGCAAGGAGAUGGCCUUCGUGCAGAUGAAGUUCGUGGCCAGCACCGUGCUCCGAAGGUUCGAGCUCGUCCCCGUCGACGAGGGCCGCGUGCCGGUGUUCCUGCCCCUGAUGACGGCGCACAUGGCCGGCGGGCUCAACGUGACGGUGAGGAGCAGAGGCGGGGAACCCACCAUUGCCACCGCUGCGGCGUCGUCUGGGAAUUCGAAUUGA